AUGCUUUGGAAGUCUCUGGACCAGGCACAUCCUAAGCCACUGAGUGUGUUGAUUUUGGGAAUCACCAUACUCCUCGUUUUCCACCUCUAUCGCACGUACUCGCAACUGAAGCACAUUCCCGGUCCCCUCAUAGCAAAAUUCACCAACUUUCAUCGCUUUCUCCUCGCACGCAAUGGUCGCCUCCACCUAUACCAAGCGCACGCUCACCAGCAAUAUGGCUCCGCCGUUCGUUUCGGGCCCAACCUAAGCAACAUGUACCGCGCCUUCCGACCCUGGACCACCGAUGGCCUACUACUCUCCGUCUUCACCGCAGAAGACGACGCGACAAAUCGAGAAAUGAAGCAGCAUAUCUCGGUGUACUAUUCACUCUCAUACACUAUAUCUUCUUUUGAACCAAGAAUGGACAGAGCUUCACGGAUGUUCUUUGAUGAGCUUGAUCGCCGGUUCGUUCCCACAAAAGCACAGUUCGAUGUGACACAGUGGAUGAAAUUUCUAUCUUACGACACCAUGGGCUUGAUGACUUUUUCACGGCCAUAUGGCUACGUUCAGCAUGGGAGAGACUUACACGGUAUCAUGGACGACGUGAAGAGGGCAAACCUGAGUAUCGGACCUAUGACACAGAUACCAUGGGUUGAUUGGCUGCUACACAAGAAUUGGGUAGCAAACCUCUUCAAACGUGAAUCUAUUGCCCCUCUCUUGGACUACGUCUUGGCACGUAUUUCAGAGCGUCAGGAUGAGCGUCGGAAAAAUCCAAAAUCGCCCUCCAAUUCGAACAUUGAUGGACCUAUCGCCGAAGGUGAUUUUCUCGGGUAUUAUCUUAAUGCGCAGGAGAGAAAGGAUAAUGUGCCACUUCGAUUUGUGUCGACAUGGACCUUUGCCAAUAUUCUGGGAGGGGCCGACUCCACAGCUUCCAUGCUUCGAUCUGUGGUUUGUUUCCUUGCAGAAAACCCUGAUGCACUGGCAACGGUACGAGCAGAGCUGCGGGCUAAGCAAGACACUGCCACCGGGCUAAGUCUACCUUUUCCCCAAUGGAAUGAGCUGCAGAAUCUUCCUUUCCUGGACGCCUGUAUAAAGGAGUCACUUCGGCUUGACUCUCCAUUCUCGAUGCCUCUUGAACGAGUAGUUCCAGCAGAAGGAGCCACUAUCUGUGGUCAUUUUUAUCCUGGAGGAACCGUGGUUGGCAUGAGUCCCUAUAUCACUAACCGCUAUAAGCCUACAUGGGGUGAUGACGCGGAUGAAUGGCGUCCCCGUCGCUGGAUAGAAGGCGAACCGUCGCAUAUAAGAAAGCUUGAAGCUAGUCUGCUUAGUUUCGGAGCCGGGACACGAGGUUGCCUAGGCCAGCACGUCGCCCUUUUUGAAAUCAAGAAGUUCGUAACAGCGCUUUUCAUGAACUAUGAUAUUGAUCUAGUCGAGCCUCGAGCGAAGUCCAAUCCUUACUUCUGGGUCGUAUACCCAGAGAGCGUGCAUGCGACGGUUAGAAAGCGCGAGUCGAAUCAGUACUAG